GCUGAAAUGUGACAAUGGUCCGGAAAUGAAGGAUGCCGGGAACUGUUCUGGGUUUGGGUGUUGCCAGCUUGAUAUUCCGGCGGGGCUCAGGUUGUAUGAAUUGUUUGCCGAGGCCACUUCUUUCCAUUUCGAUCGGGAAAUCUGGAAAUUCAACAACUGCACCUAUUCCUUUCUGGCGAAAACUGGGUGGUAUACUUUCAGUCCGGAUGAUCUUAGACAUCUCAGGUUUGAUAGGGCGCCAAUGGUCAUCGAUUGGGCGGUCGGGCAUGCGAAUCAGACUUGUGAAAGUGCUGCUGCGGAACCCGGAUACGUUUGCGGCCGAAACACGGAGUGCUCCGGGUCGGACUUCAUGAAUGGGUACCAUUGUAAAUGCCAACACGGCUAUGACGGCAACCCAUACAUCGGUUGCAAUAAUAUAGAUGAGUGCAUUAUUGAUAACCCUUGCGUUCCAGAAGCAACAUGCCAUGACACUAAUGGUAGCUACACUUGUAAGUGCACAAAAGGAUAUGAAGGAAAUGGGAAAAAAGACGGAACGCCUUGUAGCUGCCCAAAAGGAUAUGAAAGUCAUGUGAACAAAAAUGGAAAGAGCCAUUGCAUCCGUAAACCUAGUAGCGGUAAUACCGCGCUAAUUAUUUGUUUGAGUGUUAGUAUUGGCGUCAUAGCAUUGCUUGUACUAAGCUUCUUCAUAUACCGGGGAUCGAGGAAAAGGAGACUUAUCAGACUCCGAGAGCAAUUUUUCCAUCAAAAUGGUGGCAUAUUGUUACAACAACAAAUAGCUGGAAAAGGUGGACCAAGUGAUGCAAGAAUGAAAAUCUUCACACUAGAAGAUAUAGAGAAAGCAACCAACAACUUUGAUGAAAAAACUAUCUUAGGUCAAGGAGGAUAUGGAACCGUAUACAAAGGAGUAUUAGAUGAUAGAGGAGCUAUAGCCAUAAAAAGGUCCAAGAUUUGUGAGAAAAGUCAAGUUGAACAAUUCAUCAAUGAGAUCGUCGUUCUAUCACAAAUAAACCAUAGAAAUGUUGUCAAGCUCUUCGGCUGUUGUUUAGAGACAGAAGUUCCAUUACUAGUAUAUGAGUUUAUAACCAAUGGCACUCUCUAUGAGCAUCUUCACACACGGGCCCAAUCGUCUAAUCUUUCAUGGGCAGCCCGUUUAAGAGUGGCAUCAGAAUCUGCAGGAGCACUAUCAUAUUUACACUCUGCUGCUUCUCCCCCAAUCAUUCACAGAGAUGUAAAGACAGCAAAUAUACUAUUAGAUGAUAGGCUUACUGCAAAAGUUGGUGACUUUGGAGCUUCAAGGCUUAUCCCUGUUGAACGAACUCAAGUCACAACUUUAGUGCAAGGAACAUUUGGAUAUCUUGAUCCAGAAUAUUUCCACACAGGCCAAUUAACAGAUAAAAGCGAUGUUUAUAGCUUCGGAGUUGUUCUCGCAGAGCUAUUAACAGGAGAGAAGGCAAUUUCACCUACUAGGGCAGAGGAUGAUAGGAACCUAGGGGCUUAUUUUGUUUCUUCUCUGAACAAUGGUCGGUUGUCACAAAUUGUGGAUAAUCGGAUAGUUAACGAUGUAAACUUUGAGCAAUGUAUGGGAGUGGCAAAGAUUGCGAGCCGGUGUUUGAAGGUGACGAGGGAUGAUAGGCCGACUAUGAAAGAAGUGGCAAUAGAGAUAGAGGGAUUGAUAGUUCUUGGGAGGCACCCUGGGGAAGAAGAAAUAUCUUCAACAAAGACUGAGUAUCUUUCGGCAUCUGCAUCUUCUCAUGCAAUUAAUAAUGUGGGAGAUUCAUUCACUAGUGGUGGUCAAACGAGUGAUGGAGAAAGCAUGGAACUGUUUUCUAGGUCAUUGAGUGGUGGGAGAUACCAAGAGUAAGACCAAGGCAUAGGAAGAUGAUGAGGGAGUGAGACGCGUGUCAAAAUGAGUUUAAUGUGACGACCUUGACGGCUUCUAGCUACUUAUUAUUUUAUUUUAAGUAUUUUUGUUGUUAUAAUAAAGCGAUUGUUAUUAUUUAAGUUGAUUUGGAGUGUUUUUUUAUGUUUUGAAGAUUUAGUAAACUCCUGGAUCCAAAUGAUUAUUACAUUUGCUGAUGAUAACUAGAUUUUAUUCAAUUUUAUUUAGAAUUAGUUUUAGUUA